CGCUGCCGAUGCAUCAUGGCCUUCUCCGAGUUCCGGCCGCUGGACGAGAAGGUCCUCAUAGAGUACAUAAAAGCCACGCCUUCUCUCGCUUCUAAGCUCGGCAACAAGUUCGACAACUUAACCAUCAAUGAAGUUGGCGAUGGCAAUCUCAACUUCGUCUUCAUCGUCGUUGGUUCUGCUGGUUCUUUCGUCAUCAAGCAGGCUCUUCCAUAUAUCCGUUGUAUUGGGGAGUCAUGGCCAAUGACAAAGGAAAGAGCAUAUUUUGAGGCAUUGGCGCUUAAAGAGCAUGGAAGUUUGAGUCCUGAUCAUGUUCCUGAAGUGUAUCAUUUCGAUCAGACCAUGUCUUUGAUCAGCAUGCGCUAUUUGGAGCCCCCGCAUAUCAUACUGAGAAAAGGGUUGAUUGCUGGAGUUGAGUACCCCUUGCUGGCUGACCACAUGUCCGACUAUAUUGCAAAGACUCUGUUCUUUACAUCCCUCCUGUAUCACAAUACCACAGACCACAAAAAAGCUGUUGCCGAAUUUUGUGGCAAUAUGGAUUUAUGCAGGCAUACUGAGCAGGUUGUUUUUUCUGACCCUUACAAAGUAUCUCAAUAUAACCGAUGGACUUCUCCUUAUCUUGAUUCGGAUGCUGAGGCUGUGCGGGGGGAUAACGUUUUGAAGCUUGAAGUUGCUGAGUUGAAAUCCUUGUUCUCUGAGAGAGCCCAAGCCCUAGUACAUGGAGAUCUUCACACUGGUUCUGUAAUGGUGACUCAUGAUUCAACUCAAGUUAUAGAUCCAGAGUUUGCAUUUUAUGGACCAAUGGGUUUUGAUAUUGGCGCUUUUCUGGGCAACUUGAUUUUGGCUUUCUAUGCACAAGAUGGGCAUGCUAAUGACCAGAAUGAUCGAAAAGCAUACAAGGCUUGGAUUUUGAGGACAAUUGAAAACACUUGGAACCUUUUCGACAGGAAAUUCCUUGCACUAUGGGAUGCGAACAAAGAUUCUGGCGACGCAUAUCUACCUGCAAUUUAUAACAACCCUGAGCUUGUACAGUCUGUACAAAAGAAAUUUAUUAAAGAUCUGCUUCAUGAGACUCUUGGAUUUGGUGCUGCGAAAAUGAUAAGGCGAAUCCUUGGAGUUGCACAUGUUGAAGAUUUUGAGUCAAUAGCUGAUGCCAGCAAGCGGGCAGGUUGUGAGCGUCGAGCUCUUGAGUUAGCAAAGCUCCUUCUCAAGGAGAGGAAAAAAUUUCAUUACAUUAACGAAGUUAUUUCAGCCAUUCAACAACACCAGUAAAAGUAACGACUUCUGAGACGGUUCUACGAAAAAUUAGCAACAUGCUUGAAAAUUUGAAAUAGUGAUUUUUGGGAAGAAAUAUACAAAUGUUUGGUGUGGCUGCUUGUAAUUUGACUUCGUCUGGCCAUGAACAUGUUAAAUAAAAACAUGGCCUUUGUUAUAAAAGGUUUAAAGUUUGAGAGAUAACGUUUUAAGUGGUAGGUGCAAGGUAAAUGUAAAAUGCCACACAAAAACUAUAGCACAGGCAGAUAAUAAAAGGUAGAGGAAUAGAUGAUGUUACUGAUA